AUGGUCUCAUCAACAAACGAUAUUUCUUCCGUUAAUUAUCGACGUAAAUUCGCCUUAGUCAUUGGCAACGGCAAUUAUUCUAUGUCGAAUUGUUUACCCAAUGCAACCAACGAUGCACAGGGAAUGGUGAAGAUUUUCAAACAGAUUGGGUUUCGAAUCUACGAAAACGAAGCGAAAUUAAAUUUAACCUUUGACCUAAUGCAUCGAAUUCUAUCGGAUUUUAUACGACAGAUAAAGCAGACUGAUAUCGUUUUGUUCUUUUUCGCUGGCCAUGGAAUUCAAUGGGAGAAUCAAAACUAUCUCAUUCCAAUUGAUGAUUUCAAAGAAGAAAACUCAACGCAAAAAUAUCCAUUAUGUGACUGUUGUCGAAUUUAUCCUUUACCUGAAAAGAAAAACAGUCGUGGAGAUUCAAUUAAUCCUUUAUAUGGUUUAAAAUCAAUGCCGGCGAAAGUUGGUUCGCUAAUAGCAUUUGCUUGUGCACCUGGAACAACAGCAGACGAUGGAAGUAAUGGAGAAAAGAAUGGUCUGUUCACAAAAUAUCUUCUGAACCAUAUUCAGACGUCAAAUGAAGAUAUUGAAAAAGUGCUACGUCGUGUACGAAUUGAUGUGAUGAACGAAUCGAAUAAUCAACAAAUUCCACAUUCGACUUCACUUUUAACAUACGAACAUAUUUCUCUAUUCGAUGGAAGAAAAGAAAGCACAUUCAGUAGAUGGAAUCCAAACGGAAAAUCGGUGGCGGGAGGAAAUGGACGCGGAACACAAUUGAAUCAACUCAAUAGUCCUUGUGGAAUCUUCGUUGAUAAAAAUCAAAAUAUUUUCAUUGCAGAUUGCUCAAAACCAUCGAAUUGUCAAAUGGAAUUUAAAUGA